CGGGAGGCGAUUGAUCGUAGUCUUCGGCAAGAGAGCUGUUCGCGGUUCGUGUGACAACACAAAGGGAUAUCGAGAAUCGCAACCAUGGGCGUCAAAUUGUAUUAUACCACCGUUACUGCAUCCAGAGAGGUGAAGUCUCAGCAGGCGGAGGUGAUGAGGAUACUGGAGAGUAAGAGCAUCCAGUACGAGCUGAUUGACAUCUCAGUGGGCGGGGAGGUCAGGGACGAGAUGAGAAGCAAGGCAGGGAACCCCACGGCUGUCCCACCACAGAUCUUCAAUGAGGACCAGUACUGUGGGAACUAUGAGAUGUUUUCGGACGCAGUGGAGGAGGACAAAGUGGAACAGUUUCUGAAGAUGGCGUGAUGAGGAAGAGACGUGUCUCCCCCCGCCCUCUUUCUCAAUGCCAUGAUGAAUGCCAAAUACAACCAACCAAUCAAAAGGCACACACACUCCUUCCCACCCCGCGGGACUCUUACCUAACCACUGUUGAAAUGAUUGUGUAUGUUUUAUACAGCACUUAUUAUGUUCUCCCCAUUUCUUUCGUCACUGUUUCCCUUUGUGGUCAAGAUCUGGGUUCAAAUACUUUCAAAUCAUGUUAAAUGCUUAAGUGGUACUUUUUUAAAAGCUUUCCUGUAGCAAUUGAACCAAUAGAAAUGUCCAAAAAAGGCAAACCCCACCCACCUGGCCCUCCAUGCAGACUAAAGCAAAUCCUUGAAUAUAUUUGUAUUUGGAAUAGUAUUUGAACCCAGGCCUGCUUGAUCCGAUGUGUUCAUGUCACUAAUCAUUCUGAGGUUGGUCUGUGGGAUCAAUGGAGCUGCCUAAUCUAGAUGUGUGGUAAUUAGGUCAAAUCAUCUGGGCUGUACAUGGUCCACUAAUCAAGAGGCUAACAUUUACCAGGAAUCGAUCUUGGCCUGAAAUGACCCUUUUAUUCCCUAUAUUUACCGGGUCAAAUGUAGUGCACUACGGCUGUGUUUACAUAGGCAGCCCAAUUCUGAUAUCUAUUUUCACUCAUUCUAUUUUUGACCAAUAACAUCUGAUCUUUCCAAACAGAUCAUUUUCAGAGCUGAUCUGAAAAAAUAUAUAUCAGAAUUGUGCUGUCUGUCUAAAACAAACAAACAAAAAACCGAAUACUUGGUUACCAUUACUUGGAUUUAACGGUGUUGUCUUUUCCUUACCUGUCCCACUUGACUUCAAUGUUGUUCAUAUCGACAGACAGUCAUUUUCAAAAUGUACGUUGGCCUACUGUAGACAUCAACAUGGAUAGGAGAACGUAGCAUGGAGAACGUAGACGCCAACAAUCACAGAACCUUAAAGAAAUGUGAAUUGUGGUAGAGACAGAGUAAGUGAACUGGAUUCUACUCUGGUCCAAAACAUUUCAAUGCUUAGCAUGCUAAUGGUGUCAAAGGUCCAUGCUGGAAAGGUGAGUCCAUUGUGGAGAGUUACAGAAUAUGGUAAAAACAGACAGCAUUUCAUAGUGUUAAACUUGGUGCCAAUAAAUAUGUGAGAAUGUGCUUUACAGCUGGAUAUAGUCUUACUUCACACUAUGUUACUGCAUUCCAAAGACUGCUGUAUUUUUUUAAGAGACCACUUGCAUUUGCUGGGAAUUACCUGAUCGUCAAUCAUUGGUCUGACAUAGACAUAAAAUAGACAUAUUUAUAGGACAUUGUCGCAAAAAUACAUAACACUGUUACUGGUACUACAGCUGUACAUCCUUACUGUAAGAGAACUGAGUUUGAGUAUUAUAAUCCCCUGAAUUUAUAAGCCCCAAUGACUGUUUAGGACUUGUUACUGUUCUAUCUGUGGUAAUGUGUAAUUCAAUCUCGAACCAGCUUGAAGAUACAGUAAAGACAACUAUGCACAUUAAACUCUGCCUCACAUUCCCACUGUUUUACUGACGUUUGGCUCCUGAGUGGAUAAAGAAAGUGUUUCAGAUUGAACUGACACAAUCUCAUCCUUAGACAAACUAACUCACCACAUGGGGAAAGUUGAAGGCCUCACUUUUAGUGCCUCAAGUGUCUACUCCUCUUUCUUCCGACUGGUUUCUCUUCCAUGGGAUGUUGUAAAAAACGUAUGUGCCGUUUCAUGUGUAGAGUCCCACAUCUUUUACCCAGUAUGUCAUCCUCGUUUAAAAUAAUAAUAAUGUAAUCUCUGUACUAGAGCCUACCUAUCAUUAUAACCCCUGGUUCCACACAUAGGAACCUUGAUUUUCAUCUAUCUCAAAGUCUGGCAACGCACUACCACACGCAUGGAGUAUCUGGGUAUUUAGGAGUGGGACCUCUAUUCUGUAAUGGCAGCCUUCACAGACAAUGCUUGUCAUUUGAUGGUGGUUGAUGUGUUAUUGGUCAAUGAUGUGUAGCUAUUCUCUAUCAACUAUAUGUUCAACAUUCCAUAUCUCUCUGUUCGAACUAUUGCUUUGCUUUUGGACCAAAGCCCCAUUGGCCAAAAUAAAUAAAAAAUUAAAAAAUA